AAACUCUUUGACAAUUGUGUGUACGGUCAUACAACGUUCCGUCGUGACCGGGGGUGCCCCAAAAAUGCAAAAAGUGCUGUUGUUUCUGGUCGCCGGCGUGCUGGCGGCCCACGCCAAGUUCCACUGGAACCGCACGAGUUUUCCCCGAGUGCCCGUCUGGAAUUUCACCAUCGAGGAGAAAACGCUACUGAAUGCUGAGCAAACGGGAAAACUGUGCCUGAAAAACGUCGACAAGUGCAUGGAGGAAGACUUCAACUAUGAAACGACCGCUAAUCGACUCGCCGAUUUCGUCUUCGGGAUCGUCCCACCAUUCGACUUGAGUCAGGUCGAGGGGGUCGCCGAGGAUUGCAAAAGGCAGAGCGAGAAGUACGUCGAAGAGCUACUCAAAUUCAAGCUGUGGGCACUCAAAAUGUACGAUGCCUCGGCCAAAUUACCCACGGGGAUUUUGAACGGGAAUGUUAACCAGUUAGGCGAUUUCGACUUGUGUCUGCAAGCCAAUGAAAGGAGGCUGGGUAUCAGGGGGAAAUACUGCCUUGCUUCUAUGCAGGUAGAAGCAGGAGCAGCGAGUCCCUAUAUUCUAGCGCUGCAUAGGCUGGCACAGUCGCACCACCAUUUCAGGAGUCAGCUCGACGACCCAGGGCAUCGCGUCCCCCGCUUUUCGAGCGUCAACUGGGCCCUUUGUGUCCCCAGCGCCUGCUCCUCUGCGGACGUCCAGCUGGCCCUCCGGACCAAAAUCAACACAAUCUCCAAAAACACCGACUUAGCAGUGCGAGUCCUGGUAGAGCCAGACAUGUGCCAAUCAAGCCAAAAAGAACCGUUGCCGACCUCGACCAUCAUAGUCUCAGGGAUUUUCGCCGGAAUCGUCCUUCUGGUGGCUGUGAGCACGGGGUACGACUGUUAUGCUCUCGGGGAGAAAAACAGGUGGAUGGUGGCGUUUUCCUUGCGGAAAAACUGGACCACUCUGGUCACCAUCAAGCGGUCGAGCGAUGAUAUUGAGGCCAUCCACGGGAUUCGGUUUUUGAACGCGUUUCUGCUGGUUUUGGCCCAUAAAAGCAUGGCCAUGUUUUUCACGCCGUACAUGAACCGGACCGAGAUGAUCGAGUUUGUUUCGCGGCCCUGGACCGUGAUAGGGCGCGCGGCCAGUCUCUACACCGACCCUUUCAUCCUCAUUUCGGGGACGCUUACGGCCUACUCGCUCCUCGGCAAAUUGAAAAAGAACGGCAGGAUUAGCGUCCGGGAAGAGUACAUUUCUCGCCUGUUCCGCAUUUUGCCGACCUUUGCCGCUCUAAUCGCAUUUUGUACUUUUGUCCUGCCGUGGAUGAACCAGGGCCCCAUGUGGAACCAAGUCGUGACGCAUCAUUCCGACCUAUGCAAACAAUACUGGUGGAGGAAUUUACUAUUUAUUCACAAUUAUUUCGGUUUUAAGGACAUGUGUUUGACGCACACACACCACGUGGGAAUCGACACUCAGCUGUUUUUCGUUUCGCCCCUUUUCGCCCUAUUGUUGUGGAAGUGGCCUAAAAGGGGUGUCUACGUUUUGGCGGUCCUGGCACUCGCUUCGACCGCUUGGCGCUAUUACGUCACGUAUACUAUGAAACUAUCGAAUUAUAUUCAUUUUGGGACUUCAAUCACUCAGUUAUUUGCGACCGCCGACAACAUGUACAUUAUUCCGCUCCAUAGAGCGACGGUCUAUAUCAUGGGCGUCUUACUUGGGUACAUUUUGAGGAAUUAUAGGAACAUUUCGUUAAGCAAAAGCCAGCUCCGGUUUGGCAAUACUGUGGCCCUGCUUAGUUUCAUAGCGUCCCUGUUCGGCCCAGCCUUCAUGGGGAGUAUAGACUACGUGUACAACCCCACGGAUGCGGCGUGGUAUGCGGCUUUCGCCCCCAUCCUCUGGUGUUUCUCCUUCGGUUGGAUUAUCUUUACUAGUCACUUGGGGUACAAAGGACUUGUCGAACGGUUUUUCUCAUGGCCCCCAUUUUCGCUCUGGACCAAGAUCUCCUACACUGUCUACUUGACGCAAUUCCCUGUUUUCUUCUACAAUGUUGGGAUCACCAGGACAACGCAACAUUACGGAUUCUUCAAAAUUUUACUCAACUUGCAGGAACUGGCUUGGGUCUGGUUCUUGUCCGUUGUUUUAACUCUACUAAUAGAGAUGCCAUUCCAAAACAUUAGAAAUAUUGUAUUUAAGAAAGAGAGGACGCCGGAGCCGCUCCACAAGAAGAUUAGUUGAUCUAGUUGUAGGUUUUUAAUUUAUUUAGUUAAGUUGUUGAGAAUAAAAAAUGAAAAACCGA